CUACAGUAUGUAUACAGUCCCAGUCUACAGUAUUAGAAUAGCAACUAUCUUUCUGCACAUCUACGUCACCGGCACCUCCAACCUCGGCCGCUCGCAUCCCACCGUCCCGGUCAAGGUUGCCCGGCAAGAGCAGUCGAGAAGCUCCUGACUUUAAUAUAAUGUUAAAUCUGCGCCACUUUUGCCACACGACCUCUGUGGCCUCCAGCGCCCACCGCCGCCAUCUCCCGGCCAGGCUGACUCUCACGCCCGCCACAUUGCUCUUGUUUUAUCUUAAAGCAUUUUACAUUUGGAUGUUUUUUUUUGUGUGUGUACGCGCUUGUGACUUUUACAUGUGUUUGUAUUUCGUAUAAUUUAUUUCAAUGUUAUUAAUAUUUUAGUGAGUAGCGCAUACAACACAAAGUCGAGCCUCCUGCCCUCGUGCACCCAACACUAGGCUAUCGAUCAGUCCCCAUCCUACUGCGUGUCCUCCACGACCUCCUCCCCCGACCACCCAAACAUGUCCUCCUCGACCCCUAUCAUCCACUCCAACACCUCCUUCACCACCUCCCCCCCCCCUCAUGCUCCUCAGCAGGCCCUCCACCACUCACUUAAUUCCGUCGAGUUGUUCCUAUAGUCUCGGACCUCUCAGCGUCGACCCGUCUUUCCCUCCCACAGUCAGUCCUGCACCCAUCUCUCUCUCUCUCUCUCCAUCUCUACCUGCUUCCACCAUCAUCCCUCAGCAUCCCUCACCUCCCUCAGUAUGCCUCACCUCCCUCAGCAUCCGUCCUCUCCCCCAGCAUCCCUCACCUGUGUUCUUGCAUCGAUCCUGCAAGCACCUGGCGAGUCUCGCCUCACGCACCUCCCCUCUCCCCCGUUCUCUCCGUUCCUUCCACCGUGUUUCAGCCAUCAUUCUCCCUCAUACAAACUGUGUAAGCAAUUUAGAGUUAGGCAAAUCUUCAUUUAGUAUCAGUAUGGAUGUUAACACGUGUCACCCCAGGCUAAGAAUGAAGCUUCAUUCUUGUCGUCUUCACUCAUUGAGCAUCAUGAUACAGUAAUUACUCCAAGCAAGGAAGCAUCGAGUCAUGUUACAUGUCUGAAGACUUUACAGGAUCUUAUCAGGAAAAUACAAAUAUGAUAAUUGAAUCUAUUGUUGAGGUCAUGAGCCAGAGUGUUUUACCAACAUCAGCAACAGUUCCAGCAGCAGCAGCAGCAGUAGAUACUACGCUAUGCUGGUCUCCAGAUGCUGUGGCAAAGACAGAGGUUCCCAUUAAGAAGGAAGAACAGGAUCAGGAUCGAGGUAUUGGAGGUAUCCUGAAGGUUUGUGGUUCUCAUGCUGAAGCACUUCAACUUAUUCAAGCAGAGGAAAAGGCAACAGGAAUGCACUUUGUGGGGCACCGAAAAGAAGGAAUCUUUGACAUGACUGGUUCAGAUAUGAAAGAAUUUGUUGGAGAAGGGAGAAAACAUAUUAAAUAUUCAGUAAGCAUUGAAACAAAGGGAAGAGGCUGUAAUCCAGUGCCGGUAUCAUACACAGGAGUACCAUUCAUUGAGGCUGGCACUUAUGUUUUGGAAUGUCACAUGGGCAACGACAGUGGAAUGUGGAACAAGAGAAAAUAUGCGGCAAAUAGGAACAAGAAUGAGCAGGAAAAUGGUAAAAUGUUUGUGAGGCGACGAAUUCGAUCUCACGGUACCAAAAAAUUGGGCUGCCCUACCAAGGUGCAUAUUAAAAGAAUUAUUAAACUUCCUGAUUUUAAGAUUAAGCAGAAUACUUCAGCAGAAAGGAAUAAAAAUCGCAUGAAAAUCAUAUUAGCCUUGAAGGAUGAUUUAGAGAGAGUGAGCUUCCAGUCUGUGUAUUACAUUCUUCUUCCCUACGUCGAGAGUCACAAGUAUCAUGUAGUAGACUUUGUGGCUGGAGUCAUGGUGCCAAAAGAAAAGGAUACUUCACUUCACCUUCAACACAUUAGAAAGUACUUGGAGACGGGUGCAUACUUAUCAUCUGUUAAGAUUAAUGAGAAAAAAAACAUUAGAAUUGCUGCAAAAGCUUUCACAAUUGAAGAGGAGCAAAUGUACUACAUUGGUAAAGAUGGCAGUGAGAAGAGAGCUGUAUUAUAUACAGAGGAUGAAAAAUAUAUGGCUUUUGAAAAAAGUCAUAUAUUGAGAAAAUCUGGGGACCAUUUUGAUUGUACCUCAACGGUGUAUAACUUGGCAGAGAAAUACUACUGGACAAGUAUGGCAGAGGAUGUAGUUGUUAUGGUUAAUAACUGUGAUAUAUGCAAAUUGAAUAAAAGAAAUACCUCUAGAGAGCCUACAGCCAAUCCCAACCAGCAAUAUCCGAUUGUUUAUCACCAUGAAGUACAUGGACUGAAGAAACACAACACAUCACUCCACAUCCGAAAGAAUUCCUCGGAUAAAUAUCUUAUCUCAAAAUCAGAUAGGGCAUCAUCCUGUAAGGUGGCUAAUUGUUUAGCAAGUGCUAUGAAGAACAAACUCUGUAAACGGUCUUCACUUGCUAAAAGAGAUGUCACAGUUGAGAAGGAUAAUCCAAUAGGAAUAAUAAAAGUUGUGGGCUCCUAUGAAGAAGUCAUGAACCUUAUCAUGGCAGAAGAAAAAGCAACAGGGAUGCAUUUUGUUGGACACCGAAAGGAAGGAAUUUUUGACAUAAUUGGCUCAGAUAUGAGGACUUUUGCUGGAGAAGGAAGAAAGCAUAUUAAAUAUUCAGUGGGUGCUGGAACCAAAGGAAGAGGCUAUGACCCAAUGGCAGUUGAAUACACUGGAGUACCAUUUAUUGAGGCUGGAACCUACAUCAUGGAGUGCCACAUGGGCAACGAUAGUGGAAUGUGGAACAAGAGGAGAUACGCUGCAAAUAGAGACAAGAUAGAGGAACAAAACCAUAUAACGAUCAAGAGAAGAAUUUUAACCCAAAAAACAAAAAAAAUGGGUUGUCCUGCUAAAAUACAUAUUAAGAGAAUCCUAAGAAUGCCAGACUUUAAGCUCAAGAGAAACACAAAAACUGAGAAAGAGAAGAAUCGUCUGAGAAUUGUUAAGGCAUUGAAAGAAGAAAUAGAAAAUGUCAACUUCCAGUCAGUGUAUUAUGUUAUGCUGCCAGAAGUGGAAAGCCACAAGUUCCAUGCAGUCGAUGUUGUGGGAGGUGUGAGGGUGCAGAAGGGGCGACCAGGACUGCAACAUCUGCAACAUGUCAGACACUACCUGCAGACUGGAACACAUUUGUCUUAUGUUCAGAAAAAAAGUAAAAAUAGCAUAAGAAGAUCAUCUAAAGAAUUUAUUAUUGAAGGCACAACCAUGUACUACAUUGGCAAGGACAGGACUGAGAGGAGAAUAGUUCCCCACUUAGAAAUGGAAAGGGAGGAAGCCUUCGAGAAGUGCCACAUUUUGAAGUCUGGCCACCAUUGUGAUCGAACUGAAACUCUGCGACGUCUUGUAGAGAAAUAUUACUGGACUGGCAUAACUGAAGAUGUCUUUGUUAAGAUUGAACAGUGUAAAGCAUGUGGGGUCAACAAACUCUUGCAAUGUGAUCAAAAUUCUGUGCCAAUAUGUAAGCCAGAGAAUGUGCAGCUGGCCAUGGCUAAGUAUGUAGAGCCAUCUCCCACCUCCAGCUUCCUGCCCGAGGGUCAACAUGGUCACACAUUUGACACUGAAUCUGUGGAGAUCAUUGUACAGGAGCAAGAGCCUCAUCAGGAUCUUUCAUGUAGAACCUCUUAUUCUGAAGAUCAGCAGGCGAGUCAGACUACAUUUGGCAGCAUCCAUAAAUUGGAUGACGGAGGUCAUCUGGUGGUCAUAGCAGAUGAUACAUUAGACCUGGAAAGCUAAUGGAAAAACUUUGAUUAUUUAAAAAUUCACAAAUUUGGAGAUGCUGGAAAAGGGAGCAGGUUUAUUAUUUGUGCCAAAGAUAUGAAAAUAAGAGACAGUAGACCAUUGUAUUUUAAUACUGUAUUGUUUUGACAAAAAUAAAGUAUAGUAAUAAUAAAAGAUCAUACUGCUCAUUACAAUUUAAUGAUUUUUUUUAAUAAAUACUCUGUAGUAA